UCACAUUCGCAGCAGGCACGAAGCGACAACAAUUUCAGGAUACAAGAUAAGAAAAAAAAAAUCAUGAAUCAAGUUAACAAGUCUACAUCCCAAAGCUUAUCCGUUUUAUUUGUCUGUCUCGAUAAUACUUGUCGAUCCCCGAUGGCAGAGGCCGUGAUGAAAUACAUCCUUAAAAAUGUAGGAUUUCACGACUUCCUCGUUGACUCUGCAGGAACAAAGGGUUACCACGUUGGAAAAAAUACUGACGCGAUAACACUUCAAAUUCUCAAGGAGAAAGGCAUAGAAAAUUUUACACAUCAAGCCAGACAGAUUUGCAUAGAAGACUUUUACAAAUUCGAUUGGAUACUUUGCAUGGAUCAAGGGAACCUUUGGGAUUUACAGUCCAUGAAACCAGCAAAUUCGGCCGCCAAAUUACAGAGGCUUGGCGAAUUUGUGGACAAUAUGGAUGUAGAAGACGUGUACGACCCAUACGGUGAUACCAACUUGGAGGCUUUUUAUUGCGUUUAUAAUCACAUAUUCCAUACUUGUAAUGUAUUUGUUAAACAAGUUCUGGGACGAAGGAACAGGUCCAGCUACCCAAGAAAUAAAAGGGUCAAAAUAAGACAAAAUACAAACUAAAAUGCAUUAAACGUUUGUGUACAUAGUGUUUAAAAGUGGUGAUAUUAAGUUUGAGUAAAAUGUCUCCACUUUUAAUAAAGUAACUUUAUUCGGUAUAAACGUGUAUACUGUAAUAUGUACUAAAAUGAAAAGGAAAAAAAGGUGUGAAAUCAAAUUACUUAGAUAUUCAUUAAAUGUCGACUUUUCAUAGUAACACAUAUGUAUCUCAAAACGUUUUUUUAUACAAUUUUAUUAUAUUUUCCUUCACUUUAAUACUGACUUAAUUUAUUGUGGUCGGAUCGGACCUGUUUAUGCUGGUUUUUUUUCCUGGUAAAAUAAUGUGGUAAGUGAGUAAGCCACAGGACAAUAGAGGUUGUUAAACUUUAAGUCCAUGCUUAAAUAUGUAUGUAAGUGGAAUAAAAAUGUCUCAUGGCUAUUAAAAGUAAGUAAU